AUGCAAGAAGAAGUCCAAGAUGACGAUGCACAGAAGGUUUACAAAAUCAUCGUUGUUGGCGAUAUGGGUACAGGAAAAACAUCUAUGAUUCGCCGUUUUGUAGAAGGAAAUUUCUCGGAAUUUUAUAAAAUUACAAUCGGCGUUGACUUUGCAAAUAAAAUCAUCACUGCCGAUGGCGUAAAAUGCGAUAUACAGUUAUGGGAUAUAGCAGGCCAAGAAAGAUUUGGCUCAAUGACUGGCGUAUACUAUAGAGAAUCCGUUGGCGCGAUAGUUGUCUUUGAUAUUACCCGCCCUUCAACCUUUGAGAUGACAAAGAUCUGGAUGGACGAUAUCCAGGCUAAAGUUCAAACUUCUGCCGGAGAAGCAGUUCCAACUUUACUUAUCGGCAACAAAAUCGAUUUGAAGCCAGAAAACUGGGGUAACAAGACAGAAGAGAUGCAGAAAUAUGCAGAAGAAAAUCAUUACUUGCAAUAUUUCGAAACAAGUGCAAAAGAUGGUACAAAUCUAGAAGAAGCUAUCCAGGCAUUAGCUUCAUACAUCGUUAAAAAUAACAUUGAGCCAGAAAGUACUCGAGAUCUAAAGGGUGUCGAUAUCUCUGAAACAUCAAAGGUUCAAAAGACCGGAUGUUGCUAA